UGUUGCCAUGGACCCUUUUCACACGAAGACGAAGGCGUUUAUAUGCUGUCCUCAUCCCCUCGAGUCCUCCAGCAGCAGCAGCAGCACCGAGAACGAGCUUCGGAGUUGAUAAUCAUCAGAGUGGAUUGAAAUCUGAGGGGAAGGACGACAGGAAAAGGGGGCCCGGAGGUGGAGAAUCCUUCAGACCCGGUUGGACUCGAGUCUUGGCUCAUCGGUCGGCGCUUCAGUGCCGUGCUUGGGGGUCGUUGUUUCAUCUGCUGGCAGCUGCAAUUGGGAAGAAUUGCUCGGAUUGGAGCGGAACUGCUUCGGUGGUGAAUCGGUGAAUGAGGCAUGGAGCUGUUGCAGUGUUAGGGAGGUCGAUUGAUCGACUGACCGGUUGGUUUCUUGCGGAGGCGAGACGAGCUGGUGGUCGGUGAUCGCGUCUCUGCGGCAGCGGCUGGGAGGAUUGGCGGAGGCCGAGAGGAUGAGUCUGGCCGUGUCGAAUUCACCCUAUCUCGGACAAGUGUCCGCGGAGAGUAACAUGAUCGGAAUUCGGAGCUCCCUCGUACCCGAUGUGGCUCGCAAGCUGUCUGCACAGGGUUUAGACGGACCGUCUUCUCACACUCCGAUUUCUUUCGUCUUCUCCGACGACAAUGCCAAGCACGCCAUCGGCCACUCCUACUUAGAGAGGAUGGUUGAGAGUAACGGGAAGGAGUUCAAGUCCACCGGCAGCCAAGCGCCGGUCGUCAGCAGCUCUACUCGACCCGUCUCCGCCGGAAUUUGCUCGUUUAUUCGAAGCGAGGACGGAGUGGCGGAAUUCAGAGGGCCCGCCGUCCACGGACUGGUGCGGUUUGCUCAGAUGAGCGAGCUCGAGUCGCAAAUCGAGGCCACCUUCGACGGUUUGACUCCAGGCCUGCACAGCUGGUCUGUGAAUGAGUACGGGGAUGUGCGCGAGGGUGCUGCCAGCACGGGACUCCCCUACUCCCGAGUCUCCACCUCGACCGGACCUUCGGGCAAGCACGAGGAGGAAGUGGAGAUGGCAGGCAUGCUCGGAACUUUGGUGGCCGACAGCACCGGGCACGCCGAGUUCAGCUCCAGAAGCUCUCGAUUGGCAGUUUGGGACAUCAUUGGACGCUCUGUUGUUGUCUACCAGUCCUCUCAUGGAAAGCUUCAGAACACGAAAGAUGCCAUCGCUUGCGCAGUCAUUGCGAGAAGCUCCGUGCCUGGAGCGGGCGGAGCGAAACAACUCUGCAGCUGCGAUGGGACUGUGAUCUGGCAAUCUUCUGUACUUAGUUAGUUAGUUAGUCGCAAUUGCACAUUCUUAGUCUACAUUAGUAAUCUUGUGCAUAUGUAAAGCUUUUAUGAUGAUUACAUCCCAUCGUCGCACAUUUAAUCUUUCUUUUGGCGCCGCCGGUCCUCCGACGCUGUCUGAUCUUCAAUUUUUGCGAUCCCUUGUCGGAUCCAUCGCCACAAACGUUUGCUCGACGGGUCAACAAAGCUGAACACACCCUUUCGACGAUGCAUGCUUUGCUCACAUGACCUGGAACUGUCCGCAGUGAUUGCAGCGGUUGAGAGUCGAUUGGAACUCUUGCCGGAUUCUAGGCAGAGUUGGACUGUCUCAAUCAAGUUACACCAUAUUCUGUUAUCUCAAGAGAGAUACAAGUAGAAGAUUUCAGACCACGUUCCGAUGGACAUGAUCAUAACUUGUCCAUCUCAAGAAAAGACUCAACUGAGUGUAUUCUUCUCAGUAUCACAUCAAGAAAUUCUGUUCAGCUGAGAUCAUUAC